UUAACAACUAAAAGAAUCACCUUAUAUCACUUGCCCAAUGCCUACAUAGUACUAGGACUAUAGUCUUUGGUUUUCGUUUCCCCUCUCGAAGCCUUGUUUUUUUUUUUUUUGUUCUUCACCAUCUCUUCAUUCAGCCACUUAUCAUUGCAUGCGUUAAAAACCCAAAACAAACCAAUAUCAAAAGGCCAAACUCAAUCUCUUCCCUGAGAUUCCUUUUGAUCUUUGGUGUUAGGCUCUUUCAAGUGCUUAACUCACCUAGAGGGGUUGUGUUCCUUUGUUGGGUAUCUUUCAAUGGGACCCAUUAGAGGGUUCAAGAGGAGAAAGAAAGCAGCAGACAAGAAGGUGGUUGACCAGAAUGUCUUGCCUUCUUCUGCCGCUGUUGCUUCUUCUUUGGGGUCUCAACCUCAGCCUUUGGAUUGGUGGGAUGAGUUCUCCAAGAGGAUUUCAGGUACCUUAUCUCAAUCAAAGGAUUCAAAAAGUUUUGAAUCGGUUUUCAGAAUUUCAAGAAAGACAUUCGACUACAUCUGUUCUCUAGUGAAGGAAGAUAUGAUGGCUAGGCAAUCGAGCUUCACUGAUUUAAAUGGCAAGCCUUUGUCUCUAAAUGAUCAAGUAGCUGUUGCUCUUAGAAGGCUUAGUUCUGGUGAAUCAUUAUCAAUCAUUGGUGAUACUUUUGGGAUGAAUCAAUCAACUGUUUCCCAGAUAACCUGGCGGUUUGUGGAAGCAAUGGAGGAAAGAGGGCUUCAUCAUCUCAGUUGGCCUUCAACUGAAGCAGAGAUUGAACAAAUAAAGUCUAAGUUUGAGAAAAUCCGGGGCCUUCCUAAUUGCUGUGGUGCAAUUGACAUCACACAUGUUGUCAUGACUCUGCCUACCAUGGACCCAUCAAAUAAUGUCUGGUUUGACCGGGAGAAGAACUAUAGCAUGAUUUUGCAGGCGGUUGUGGACCCAGAGAUGAGAUUUCGUGAUGUGAUUGCUGGGUGGCCAGGAAGUUUAAGUGAUGCCAUUGUCCUCAGGAGCUCAGGUUUCUUCAGACUUUCUGAAGAAGAAAAGAGGCUAAAUGGUAAGAAGCUAAACAUUUCAGAAGAAACAGAUAUAAGAGAAUAUAUAAUAGGGGAUGCAGGUUUUCCCCUACUGCCAUGGCUUUUUACUCCUUAUCAAGGGAAAGGCCUCUCAGAUCUUCAAGUUGAGUUUAAUAAACGGCAUGCUGCAACCAGAAUGGUAGCACAGAUGGCUCUGGCGAGGCUCAAGGAGAUGUGGAGAAUAAUACAUGGGGUGAUGUGGAUGCCUGAUAAAAAUAGGUUGCCAAGAAUCGUUCUUGUUUGCUGCUUGUUGCACAAUAUCCUUAUCGAUAUGGAGGAUGAGGUGCUAGAUGAUAUGUCUUUGUCCCAUCAUCAUGACACUGGUUAUCGCCGACAAAAUUGUGAAUCUCUUGACAAGUCUGCCUUGAUUAUGAGAGAUAAACUGUCUCUCUACUUAACAGGAAAAUUGCCACCUUAAAACUAUUCUUCAGUUAUCUCUCUGGCCGGCACAGUAAUCUUUGAUUCUUAUACAUGUAAAAACUGAAUCUCCCUGGUACUUGUAAUGCUCGUCAUAGUUAUCUAGCUUGACGGCAAAUGAAGUGAGUCCUGCAUUAUAAGUUUCCGUUCAUUUACCUCUGUUAGUCGAACUGGAAAGUAGUAUUCAAGCAGCUCAUCUGUUUUUCGGUUUUGACAGUAUAACAUGUAGUCUAUAUUAUCUGAUAUUCUUCAAAAUGAGCAGACAUGGGUUCUUAUUUCAA